AUGUGCAUUUCAAUGGCCACCCAGUUCAUCCCCUCCGACCCCAAGGACCUUGUCGUUCUAGUCACUGGUUCAAGCACCGGUUUUGGCGCAGGAAUCGUCAACGACCUGCACGAACUCAGCGGCUACACCAUUUACGCGACAUGCACCACCGAGGCGGGCGUCAAGGCCUAUCAGGCCAAGAACUCGCCUCGUCUCCGCGCUGUUCAAGUCGACGUCACCAAGCAGGAGGAUGUUAACCGCCUUCGAGCUCAGAUUGAGGCCGAGUGUCCCCAGGGCGUUUAUUGUGUUGUCAACAACGCUGGAAUCAAUGCUGGUGGUUGGUUUGACAUGACAUCGGAGGAUACCUUUGAGCUUCUAAUGAAUGUCAACUAUAUGGGCCUCAUCCGCAUCACGAAGGCCCUGAUCCCCUCGCUACGAACUUACGCCAAGUCUCGCCACACAUUGGCCAAUGGUCAGAGCCUGCCCCGUGCCCGUCUGAUCGGCAUGUCUUCCGUGUCAGGCCGCAUAAACCCCAUCGGCCUGGGCCCCUACGCCGCUUCGAAGCACGCGGUCGAGUCGAUCCUCGAUACCCUCCGUGUCGAGCUGUCGCCUUGGGAAAUUGACGUCUCCCUGAUCGAGCCCGGCUACGCCAAGACACCCAUCAUCACCAAGUCCACCUUGGCGAUCGAGAAACAGUGGGAAGAGGCAGAUGCACAAGUGCACCAGAUGUACGGCAAAACAUUUAUCGAUUCGAUCUUGCGAGACCAGAAACGGAUCUAUGAGGGCGCCGUACCUGCUCAGUGGACCGUCGAUGCGACUGUGGAUGCGAUUCACAAGAAGAAUGGGGCGCAGAAGGCGAGGGUUCUGAUUGGGGUCUGGUCGAAUCGGUUUUUGGUCCGGGUGUUGGAGAAGCUUCCUGAGUGGGUGGUGGAUUGGAUGAUGCGGGCUAGUAUGCGAAAAGCUGGUUAUUGGGCCGCCAAUCCGUUUUUGUUGAAGGAUGUCAAACAGGAUUGA